AUGCCCGAGUUGAAUCGGGCUCUGCUCGUCGGAAGUGGGGGCGUGGGAACGAUGGUUGCUUUCAAUAUUGAGGCCAGCGGCCUUGGACGUGUGGCUGCUGUUCUUAGGUCGAACUAUACCAAGGUACUACAAGAGGGAUUUGAGAUCGAUUCCUGUGAGCACGGGUCGAUCAAAGGCUGGCGCCCCAGCGAAGGUGAGCAUACUUACAGCCUUUACUGCCCUGUCUUUGUACUCGAACUCGUUAAUGGGAAUGUUUGUCCAUUAGUUUUAAAAGAAAUACCGACCACCAGUGAUAUUCCCUGGGACUACAUUAUCGUAGUGACCAAAAAUGUGCCGGAUAUUCCACCAACAGUCACGGACAUGAUAGCUCCCGCUGUGACGCCCGGGCAUACAGCCAUUCUAUUAAUCCAAAAUGGCUUAAAUAUCGAAAGGCCAAUUCUCGAGCGCUUCCCAAACAACGUCUGCCUAUCCGGCAUCAGCAUGAUCGGGUCCCAGGAAGAAUCUCCUGGUGUAAUCAAACACUAUGACGUCGAUCUCCUGAUUCUCGGCGCGUUCCGCAACCCCAAUAUAAGUCGCGAUGGGGAAGUGGCCUCCGCCAAACGAUUUGCGGGAAUGUAUACUGCCCAGUGCGAGACACGGUGUCGAUUUGUGGAAGACGUACAGAACUCUCGGUGGGAAAAGCUUGUCUACAAUGCAUGCUGGAAUUCCAUCUGUGCCCUCACGGACAUGGAUACAGGCCGGAUCAGGCUCACGGAUCAUGCGGUCCAGACUCUGGUCAGGCCAGCAAUGGAGGAAAUACGGGCCGCUGCAAGGGUACAUGGUGUAAAUCUGCCGGCGGAAUUGUGUGAUAGAAUGCUCGAGCUCGACCCUUUGACGAUGUAUUACCAGCCAAGUAUGUUGGUUGAUAUGCGCAAGGGUAAGUUUAUCGAGGUAGAAAAUAUCAUUGGCGAGCCUUUGGCAGCUGGAACCGCGCGUGGAGUGCCCAUGCCUACAUUGAACGUGCUUUACAACCUGUUGAAGGCGAAGCAAUGGGCAACCAAGGAAAAACUCGGGAUGCUUGAAAUUCCCCCAGGAGGCGAUUAUUUGACACAGCGGUCCUUCCCCAAACAAAAGGCGCACACAAGGCCGGUAGAAGAGUCAAGUCUCUAG